UCUUUAUCCGGGAACUUUGACGUAAGCGAAAACAAAUUUCAUGCUCAAGUUUGCUCCGAAGAAAGGUAGGAAAAAUGGAGAGAAACAAGACAAGACGACUAUGUAUCGUUGCUGUUUGUUGCUGAAGAUCUAUUAAGGCGAAUCAGUUAGUGUAGAUACGUUUGAUGGUUGAUGAUGGCGUUGAUUUUAUAUCAAAUUUAAAGGCAGCCCAGCCGACUCGAUCCCACUCUCGAAAGGCCAUUUGUAUUCACGGCGAAAGUCAAAUCCCGUCAAACGCGGCUUAGUCCGGAGUACUUCGUGUUCGUAUUUGCUUCCUGAAUUAAACCUGCUAACGGACACAUUUUUUACCUUCAGUUCACCUCGAGCGAAAGACGAGUAGAAAAGUAAAUGUAUAAAAGCAGCGAAAGGAUGGUAACAAGUACAUGUUGAUGGCGCAUACAGCGGCCAUUAAUAUGUGACUGCUGUUUCUUUUCAGAACAGAGCAGUUUGAGAACUGUUUGUAAUUUUGUUAGAUUAUCGACGUCAAGAAAUUACCAGCUAAUUGUUCCUCAAUUUUUGUAACCUUGAAAGGCCUAGCCGGAUAUUUCAGAGCACAAUAAAUCGAAUUGGAUUGUACCUCUGAGGCAGAAACAAAUGGGUCUUAUUUUCAUCGAAAAUAUUGGAAUCUUCUCAUAGACGGAAGUAUAUGGUCAUCUUCAGAAUUUCUCAAUGGAUCUUUACAUUGAGACGUUGACUGGGACAGCGUUUGAGCUUCGUGUCAGUCCUUUUGACACAAUAAUGAGCAUCAAGGCUAAAAUACAAAGACUAGAGGGCAUCCCUGUCUCACAGCAGCAUCUUAUCUGGCAGUCCACAGAACUAGAUGAUGAACUCUGCUUACAUGAUUUUGAUAUUACAGAUGGUGCAACUUUGAAGUUAGUCUUGGCAAUGAGAGGUGGACCAAUUAAUACCAGAAGGAUUUCAGUAGAAGAACCUUCAUUAGAAGAAAUGGCAGAAUACAUGGAAGCAAAUAGGAAUGAAAUUUUGGACAAACUUAUGAAAGACAAUAGACAGGUCACCCUUCUUGUGUUCAGGGAUGGAGAUCAACUGAAUUUUUUUAGAGUUUAUGACAGGGGAGAUGGAACACUUACACCAUUAUCGGAAACUUUAAGUGCUGCAUCAAUUUAUAAUUUAUAUGAUGAAGAGGAUGAUGAAAGCCAACAGAUUUCAAAGGAAAAGAAAGAAGAAAAUGAAUUAACAAGAAAAAAGAUGAAAUUUCUUCAAGCACAGAUGGCUAACUUGAACAUUAGGAAGCAGCCAAAGAUUGUUCCACGCCCUCCAUCCUCUGGAAGACCAAACAGCAAUCUUGCAAGAAGAAGAUUACGAUUUGCAGCAAGCCAUGCAGAAAACAAUGACAAUAAUGCACUUACAGUUGAGCAGAAAAGGCUGAAGAAACAUAGACACAAGUUAAAACAACGGCAAGAGGACACUAGUGCUUCUAAUAGCCAUGAUAAGAUUCCACUUCCGCCUGUGACUUCCAGGAACCGUAGCAAUGAUCACGUGGAUAUAUCUGACAUAAUCAGUGCUUCCAAUCUAGAUACGAAGUUGAUUAAGGAUCUUAAUUCUGUUUCCAUGAAGUCAGCAGAAGCAGAAAGAAAUAUGGCACUGCAUCAUGGGUACAAAAGCACAUCAAAACGAAGCCCGCGCAGAGUGAAGUCUCUUAAGCCGUUAGACCUUCGAGGAGAAAGCGGUGAUACUAAUAUAGGUUUCGAGAAAUCUUAUGAUGACGAAGAAACACCAACUAAAAUUGACGAUAGAAACGAUAGUGCACUUUCAUGGGAAAAUAUGUUAUCAAAUACAAGUUUAGAAUCACGAACUCAUCGAAAAAGUCAGAAAUUAAAAUCUUUAGGGGAGAAAAAGCUUUUGUCGAGGCAAGAAUCCACGGAUACAGGAAGACGUUUGCUGAGAAGGUCAAGACUUGCAUCAAUGGAGGAAAGCAUCGUUGGAUUAAAGAGAGAGGCGACCGCCAAAAGUCUUAAAGAGGCCUUGAGCCCAUCGAGGCUGCCUCAGAUGGAGUCAGUCUCUAAAGCUCCUCCUCAGCUGGUACCAAGUGGUCGUAAACGUACUCGAUGUUUUCAAUGUGCCAAGAAAUUAGGACUCGCAACAAAUUAUCAAUGCAGGUGUGGUAACAUAUACUGCGCAACACACAGAUACGCAGAGGCUCAUUGUUGUACUUACGAUUAUAAAGGCGAGGGACGAAAAGUCUUAGAGCAAAGCAACCCUGUGGUCACGGCACCAAAACUGCCAAAAAUAUAAUGUAAAUAUUAUCACUACAUAAUAUAAUUGGAUAUUAUAUUACUGGAUAUUGGCUGGUGUUAUCAGCAAGUGUAGCAUCUGGCUUCUGUAUUAGCAGAUAGAUUGAUACAAAUUUACGCUUGUGCAUAUUAUGUAGAGAGUCUAUAUAUAUUAUUUUGUGGUAUGAGAAUUCCAAACAUAUGCCAGA